GUUCCCAGGGAAAAAAUCGCGCAUGCGCCUCCUUCACGCACACAGAAUAAUACGCAUUAAACCUGUACAGUGUUUUUGCUGCUCCUGCAAUCCACUUUAUUUUAACAAGUGAGUUUAAGGACAGUGAGGUAGAUGCGAGGAGCGAGGAGCGAGGAUUCAAGGAAUCAAGGAAUCAAGGAAUCAAGGAAACGGGAGAGGAGUUGAACGACCUGUCCCAGAAGAGAUUUAAGACUCUGAGCACCAUGUUCACGGAGGUGCUGGUUGCUGUGGUGAUUGGAGGAGUGAUCUUCUUCCUGGUUCAGAGGAGCAGAAAGCAGGUUCUGAAAACAGAGGAUGGCUGGUGGGGGGCUGGAGCACCCCCUGAGGGUGGGGAGGACGUCACCAUUAAGCCCUUCAAAAUCACCACCAGUGAUGAAGAGAUCGAGGACCUCUACAGGAGGAUAGACCAGACUCGGCCUGUUCCAUCACUGGAGGACAGCCAGUUUAACUACGGUUUCAACUCCCAGUACCUGCAGAGGGUGGUCUCUUACUGGAGAAAUGAAUUUGACUGGAAAAGACAGGUUGAUAAACUUAACCAGUAUCCCCACUUCAAAACCAACAUCGAAGGCAUUGAUAUCCAUUACCUGCAUGUGAAGCCAAAGAAGGUGCCAGAGGGAACGACUGCUCUUCCUCUGAUAAUGGUUCACGGCUGGCCCGGCUCCUUCUAUGAGUUCUAUGGAAUGAUCCCUCUGUUGACAGAACCAACAGACCCCCAUGACCUUGUGUUUGAGGUGGUGUGUCCCUCCAUACCAGGCUAUGGGUUUUCAGAGGCAUCACAUAAGAAAGGUUUUGAUUCAGUUUGUGCAGCACGCAUCUUCCACAAGUUAAUGAAGCGUUUGGGCUUCCAACAGUUCUACGCUCAUGGAGGAGACUGGGGCUGGCUGGUCACCACCAACAUGGCUCAGCUGGAGCCCAACACAGUCAAAGGCUUGCAUGUGAACUUUGCCCCGCCCUCCAAACCAGGGUUGCCCGUGGCUUUAUCCGUAAUGCUCGGCCGUCGCUUCCCUAAGCUGUUUGGUUUCACCGACCUGGAUGUUCAGCGGCUCUUCCCCUGCGUGGAGAAACUGGUGGUGGAGUCCAUCAAAGAGUCUGGCUACAUGCACAUCCAGGCCACCAAGCCUGACACUGUGGGUCGAGGACUCAAUGAUUCUCCAGUGGGUCUGGCUUCCUACAUACUGGAGAAGUUCUCCACAUGGACGAGCCGCGACUUCAGGAACCUGGAGGAUGGAGGACUCACCAGGAAGUUCUCUCUGGAUGAUCUGCUGACUAACGUGAUGAUCUAUUGGACGUCUGGCUGCAUCAUCUCCUCCAUGAGGUUCUACAAAGAAAACUUCAGCCAAGGCCUCGACCAGCCUCACUCAAAGAUACCUGUACAUGUCCCCACUGGCUUCGCCUGCUUCCCCAAUGAGCUGAUGCACACUCCCAAACUCUGGGUCAAACAGAAGUAUAGGAAACUCGUGACCUUCACACACAUGGCCCGCGGUGGCCAUUUUGCUGCCAUGGAGGAGCCCCAGCUGAUGGCCGAGGACAUUCAGAACUUCAUGAAGACAGUGGAGAAGAAGAAGAAGAAGAAAUAAUGACUGGAAACUAUUAAGCAGAUGGAAAGAAGUAGGUUUCGGUGGAGAGCAAGAAGUAGACAAGAGAGAGUUGUGAUUCUUUAAAAGUGAGGUAAGCGAUACGUUUCUCUCUGUGUUGGAUUCAAUGAUCAAGUAAAGCUCUGUUUUGAUUAUUCCUAGUCAUACUUAAUCAAUAUUAAGACCAUGUAUAAGCAGAAUAAAACAUAACUUGGCCAGUGAGAGCGAAAGCAUUAUUCAUGAUUAAUCAUGUUGGCCACAAAUGUUCAAAGCCUCUAGUAUGGAUUGAACAGGUAUUGAAGUUGUGGUACUGUACUGUGGGAUUUAAUUUGGAGCCAUAUCACCUGUCCUAAAAUUCAAAGCUUUGUGUUGAAUAAAGUCAGGAAAGUUCA